AUGCUAAUCUUUGUGGCUCGAUGUCUAUAUAUAGCACUGCAGUUGAACGUAUUAGUUGGUGUUCAGAAUGCAGUGGUGCAACUACUCCUUCAAUCCAGUGGACUGGAAUUUUUUGAUCGCAUAGCAAACAAAGCUCUGUCAGAGUUCCGGUUUGAGAGAGGGCGGUAUACUUCUUAUGUAUAUGGAGAUCAGAGUUUAGCGCAUGCUCUGCAUAUCUUGUGGGAAAACCAGGUUGAUGGAAUUCCGGUUGUCAACAGGGAGACAAAGAAGUUAAUUGGCACUGUAAGGAGCAAUGAUGUCCAUCUUCUACUGGACAACAUUAAGUUAUUUCAUAACAGAAAGAUUAUGAAUGUAGAGGAGUUCAUUCAUUUGGAUGUGGAUGUCCCAAGCAAAGACCCCACCUUGGAUCUCACAAUCAACAAAGAACUAGGGACACUCAUUUCUGCUGGUAAUCUCCGCAUAAAGGAUGAUUUCCACACAAGAAUGGACUUCCCAGUUACCAAUAGGAAAACGGACACACUCAAGCAAGUCAUGGAGGUUCUGACAGGGUCAGCUAGCAAUCGUAGCUUCCUGGUUGAUGAAUUCCAGAGCAUAGUAGGAGUGGUGACAUUGAGAGACAUAAUCAUGCAAUUCGCUCCCCCACUUAUAGAUUCAAGAAUCAAUGGAGGUGGUUUCUUUGAAUCCGCUCUAGAGCAGGCAGGCUGUCAUAUGGAAAAUGGUAUAAUGAAAACUCACCGUUGAUUUCUUUCCCCUUGCAUUUGCAUCACCUUUUUCCUUUUAUCCUCUUUUCAGUCACAGAACCACUCAUCUUUGACAAUUCCACCAGUUUCUGGAGACAGUACAUAUACAAAAGAAUAUCAUUUGACUCUAGUGGCAUGACUUUUUUUUCCCUCAACUCAACAUCUUAAAAUCUAGAUAACUUUAUGAAGAAAGAAUCGGCAGGUCCAAAAACUAGAAGUGGAUUAGAAAGCUGAAUUGCAUGCAGAGUAGGGAUCCAAGAUUGAGGUAAAUUUGCCAGUUCUGCUUCAUUGAAUAUAUAUGGUUAGUGGCAUUUUCAUGAUUUUU